CUGCUACACACACACACACACACACACACACACACCUCCUGACAGAUACACACAUGCCUGCCUAGCGAAGGAGCGAGCACACUCAGAUGUAAACACACAGAGUGACGGACGGACCGGAGCACGGAGAGGAUGGAUGGAUGAAUGGAUGGAUUGCUGCUGACGAACUAGACAUAAUGGGAGCUUAAACUUGCUGUGCGUGUGUGUGUGUGUGUGUGUGUGUGUGUGCCGAUGUGUGUGUGUGUGUGUGACACACACAGAGAGAGAAAGAAAGUGUGUGUGUGAGAGGGUCGGCCGGUCAGUGUGUCUGUUACCGUGGCGAUGGAAGGAGGGAGUGUGAACACAGAGGAAUGCUUUCGGUUAUAGAGAGGGAGAGCCGGCCAGGAUGGCCACGCGAGGAAACUCUCUGAAACCGAACUGAGCACGCACAGACAAACAGGUCUUUUGGUGAGAAAACUGGAAGACUUUUGAAGCUAAAGAAAGGAUCUACAAGCACUUUUCCUUAUAGAAAAAUCACUCAAGAAAUCUUCUGUCGUUUGAUAAACUGGACAGAAAACAACGCACAGCAACAUUAGUGUUUACAAAAUGGCAAAAGGAGAGAAACAUUUCUGAUGUUAUCCACUAAAGCUCCCCUUUUAUUUCCACUUCCUGAUUCCUGUUUCCAGCCUGGCUUUACAAUCAGUCUAUUUCAGCAAUGGACGGGUACUUCCUGUUUCUGUGAACUUGUUGGCAGCCCUCAAAGGUUCAGCUAUCAUGCCUGGUAGUCGUGGGACCUUGUAACCCUCCAGAACCCGCCCUCCCAACUCCCCCACCACCCCCCUCUCUCCUCCCUCUUCUAAACCCACAGAAGAGCUUCACGAAAAUGGAGGCUCGUGAAUCAGCUGCCGCGGGGCAGAGAUGCUCAAAUAAGGAACCAGCGAAGGAGAAGGCGCUUCUGCAAAGAAAGUGGGCAUCCGAGCCCUCUGCUACCACCAAACGAAGCACUUUUGCUGACCCGGAGGCAAAACACCGUGAGAGUUUGCCUUGUGGUGCCACGGGGGGAUCAGCACCCCAGCAGAAGUACGCAAUCACGGGGAAUUCUAGGAAGCAUGCAGUUGGGGCCAUGGGAGGCCCGCCAUCUCAAGACCCCCAAGGGCCCUUUCCUCAGGGGUUCCCAAGGGGAUACUCCUACCAGCUCGGCCAGCCGUACCCUCAGCACCCCCAAACUGAGCGCUUCCUCUCAGGAGCCAAACCCCAGCCAGGUCUAGAGCCUCAUGCCUGGCCAUUUGCUGGCCAGUUGCCCUCGGAUGAUCUGUACCCUGUAGGACACCCAGGACACACUCAUCCUCACGGGGCUGGGGGAGGGAGGUUUCCCCGCCAGAAAUCUCCCAGUUUACCCAGCUCCUUCGGACAGUAUUCUCAGUCAGGCCCUGAGCCUGGAGAGGAGGGCUAUAGCAAAAAGGAGCAGAAGCCGAAAAAGCCUGGUAAGUACAUCUGUCACUACUGUGGACGAGCUUGCGCCAAGCCCAGCGUCUUGAAGAAGCACAUCCGCUCACAUACUGGUGAGAGGCCAUAUCCUUGUGUACCCUGUGGCUUCUCCUUCAAAACCAAGAGCAACCUUUACAAGCAUCGCAAGUCCCACGCUCAUGCCAUCAAGGCUGGACUCGUACCAUUUUCAGAGCUAGCUGUGGCCCGCAGCGGGGACAUGGACCAGGCAUCCCCAGUGGGCGAGGCCGAGGUCCACUCAGAUGGAGAGCAGAGUACCGACACAGAUGAGGAAGGUGUGGAGGGCUCCACCAUGCUGACGGACAAAGAUAGUCCCAUCCCGCAGAUCCCCUUUGAAGCUGACAAGAAUACAGGUGGUGUGGAACCAGCAUAUGCAGACUCAGCUGAAGAGCUGCCGGUCGGGUCUAUAAAAGUGCCUAUCCUUAUUGUCCCAAAGCCUGGGGGAGUCCCCUCCACAGGGAUGGAGUGCCCACCCUUUCAGGACAUAAAGGGGUCACACCACAUGUUCUCAUCACAUGCUGCCGGGAGAGCGCGCUCACUGGAUGACUCCCCUACCAUCAAAGAACGCUUGGCCCUGAGGCUGAAUGAGAAAAAAGGUCAGGAGUCUGACUCUGCCAUGACCCAGUCCCUGAACCUCCUCAGUCCUCACAGCAAAGGCAGCACAGACUCUGGCUACUUUUCACGCUCUGAGAGUGCAGAUCAGCAGAUCAGCCCUCCAAAUACUAAUGUAAAGACGUACGAAGAGAUUAUGUUUGGUCGGACUUGGUACUACCGACCCAACUCCAGAUCUCGACAGUCUAUCACAGUGGGCAUGGCCGGGGCGGACCCCAGCCUAGCUAGCUUAAAGCAACCAGGUGCUAUUCUAGACAUGGGGAAGAUAGCUGAGGAUCCGAUCUGUUUCAGAGGUGAUGUAGGAAUCUCUGGAGAUCCCAAGCAAUAUCCAACAGGACCCUGUCAAAGCAGUACAGGCCUUCUGGAGCCGCCAUCGGAUUCCGGGACCCUCAUUAGGAGUAACUCCAUGCCAACUUCUUCCCCUCCUAACCUUAGCGUCCCCCCAGCGAUUCGAGGCAGCCACUCUUUCGAUGAGAUGAUGACAACGGAUGAUGUGUUUUACCCACCAGGGCGCAGACUCAGGAGACAGGCUGCAUUCGAGCAUUCGGCCAAUGAAGCCCAUGUAGGGGAGGCUGAGGGCUAUGGACACAUGCCCAAGAAUUUAGCUUCAUCUUUGGGUAUGAAGAUUGCUGAGCGCAACCCAGGAGUCCAGGAGCACAUUGCCUACACCCCACAUGAUACUAAAGUUAGCAUGUCAGAAAUAGCCACAAGAAAAAGGAGGAAAGAGAAGAGUGUUGGGGAUGAAGAGGACAGCCCUGGGCACGACAGUAGCUGUAGCGGUUCAGUGGAGAUGAUAGGGGACUAUGAGUUUAAAAAAGGUAGUUUUGAUGGGUCGAGAGGCACCCCAACGGGGAAAGGCUCUCUUUACAGCGCUCACAGCCAGUCUGACAGCUUCGAUACCUGUGCCAGUAUAUGCUCUGAGGACAAUGUACUGUUUCCUGACUCUGAGGGCAGGAAGACAGCUGGGAAUGUCAUAUCAGUCAUCCAGCAUACCAACUCCCUCAGCCGGCCAAAUUCCUUUGAGAAGUCAGAGUCCUUUGAGCAGCCAGGAUAUCAGCCCUCAGAUAAAGCUCCAUCUAGCCAGUACUCCGAACAGUCCGACACAGAGAUCUUUGAAGAUGCUCUGAGUCCUGAAUCUGCCCUGCUGAGGACAGAGAGCAUGGAGCAGCAGCUGCAAAGUGACAGUGACCUGGCUUCCCUCUCAUCUUCAUCAGCCGCAGCAUCGCCUGGCCAGCCUUAUCACAUCCCACACAAGCUGGUCCGACAACCCAACAUCCAGGUACCUGAGAUCAGGGUGACGGAGGAGCCAGACAAGCCUGAGAAAGAUGCAGAAGCUUUGAUGACCAAGGAGCCGGAGAAGCAGCUGCAGCAUGUGGAGGAGUUCCAGCUGCCACAGAGGAGUGACACACUCGCCCAGAUGCCAUCGGAAAAGCUCCCGCCCAAGAAGAAGAGGCUGCGCCUGGCAGAUAUGGAGCACUCGUCAGGGGAAUCAAGCUUUGAGUCAACCUGCACCAGCCUUUCUCGCAGCCCCAGUCAGGAGAGCAACUUGUCCCACUCCUCUUCCUUCUCCAUGUCCUUUGAUAGAGAGGAAGGCCUCAAGUCUGUCUCACCCACCAAACAGGACGAUUCGUUGGCAUCUGGUGGUGGACCUAAGCAGUCGGAGUUCCUGACGGUACCUGGCAGUGGUCAUUCCAGCCACCACCAGCAGAGGGAGAUGAGAAGGUCUUCAUCGGAGCAGGCGCCAUGCACGCUGCCCACAGAGUUGCCUGAAAUGCGCAGCAAAUCAUUUGACUAUGGGAGCUUGUCCUCCUCCAGACAGGGAGAGAUAUACUCCAGUGCCUCUGCAAUGAAAGAACGCCGGCGUGGAUAUCUUGUCCGACAGGCAUCCCUGAGCGUUUAUCCAGAGGCAGUUGUCCAGGAACCAGGGGGUGCUGAGAUGUCAAUCAAACAGGAGAGUAUGGAACAUGGGGCAUGGCCUGGCCCAACAGGAUCCCCCCACAGCAGCAGCGAUGUAGCCAGCAGAACCAAGAGAGCUGGCAGUAGCGCUGGUGGUGUAGGAUCUCACCAACACCAACAGCACCACCAGCAUCUCCUCCAGCACAGUAUCAGUGAGGACAGCCUGCAGGAAGAACCUCUCUACAACAGGUCCAAUCAGCAUCGCCUGCAGGCCCAGGGCUCGUCAUCGGAGGGAGAAUAUCCAGGUCACGAGGUGAACAAGGAAGUAAUCCAGCAGUACCCGAGUGGUCCCCCUUUCCUUUCCUAUCAGCAACCAGGUCUUUUCUGGAGUCAGGAGGCCAGCCAGGCAUCCAGACAGCAGCUGACCCUGCAGGCCCAGCAGCAACUCCAAAAACUCCACAUCCGAUCACCAGGCUCCCUGUCUGGACACCCACUCCACAAACAACCACCGCUCCACUCCCUGCAUCAAAUCCACGAUCAGCAGCCACAUGAUGGGGGAUCAGAAAACCCUGGCUCUCAAGCGUACCCUGCGUCUUUCUCAUCUCGCACCUCUCCAAUGUCCCAGCAACAACAGCAGAACUUUGCUUCUCUCUCCUCCAAGCACUCCCUGCUCACUUCCACCACCGCCUCCAUGCUUCUGCAGCAGGUCCAACCUGUCUUUGCCACCCAGAACCUGGGCUCCCAGUCCUCUCUGCCUGGUAUGACGGUUCCUGUGCGGCUCCAAACCCACGUGCCAUCCUAUGGUAGUGUUAUGUACACCAGUGUUAGCCAGCUGAUAGCCACACAUUCAGCCAGGCCGGGCAUUGCUGACAGCAGCAACAUGUCGUCUCCGGUGUGCGCUGUGAGUGUCAGCAAACCACCUGGAGGAAUUGGAGGAGGCAUUAACGGGACAGGCUUCAACCUAUCACACUUCCUCGGACAGAUGGAUGGCGCGACGCUGCGCUACUCAGCCUGGAAGGUUCCCGAUUCACUACCAGAGCAAUUCCUGAAUACAGGGAUCCCACUGUCACUAACGUCAGGCACCAUAUCCACAACAGAUGCCUCGGGAUCGGGCGUCGGAGGCAGCAAGCGCAUGCUCUCCCCCACCAGCUCUCUGGAGCUCUUCAUCGAGACUAAGCAGCAGAAAAGAGUGAAGGAAGAGCGGAUGUAUGGACAGAUUGUUAAGGAGAUGAGUGCAGUGGAGCUGAGUGGCACUGAAAGCUGUAGCAAACCUGAAAAGGGGCAGGGAAGAGGUCAGCGAGCUUGCCUAAAGAGCGAAGGCUCCAUGGAUGAUUCUGAAAGGAUGUCUGCUUCUCCUCCACUAAGUGACUUCCCAGUUUCCACCAAGAUAGCCAUUCCUGUCCGUUCCUCUGCCCCUCACCUCCCUGACGUUCCCCGGGCCGAGAGCUUCACUCCUCCUCUCCAGAUUGUCACAGACCGUUCCCCAGUUUCAGGUGGUCGGGACUCCCCAGAGGAGCUCGAUGUGGACGAUUCAGUCCCAGAGCCCAGCUCCAGCCCCCAGUCCAUGGUGUCCUCCAACGACGCAGACAACACUGACAACACAAAUCAGCCCACACCCAAUAAAAUUCCUGCCAGCAUGCGGGUUCAGCUAGCUGCCAAACAAAGCGCAGGAUUAUCCGAAGCAGUGGGCCAGACUUUGCUACUCACGGAUGUGGCUGAGCAGUUUUUCCAGUUCCCAAGUCUGCGCACUAUGAGCCGAGUCAGCUGGUGUUUCCUGAACUACACCAAACCCAACAGCACCCAAGCCGCCUCGCAUAGCUCCGUCUACAACUCGUGGUGCGUAAGCUCAUACAACCCCAAUCCUCUGAACCUUAGCACCAAGGCUGCGCUGGCCCUGCUGAGGUCCAAACAGAGGAGAAACACCGAUUCCAUGUACUCAACUGCAGCCAUGUCGCCACCCAGCUCUGGAAAGCUGGUGUCAUCUGUGGCCUGGAAGCUGAGGUUUGAUCAGUUGAAGCCAGAGCUGAUGCCAGUUGAUGUUGGUAAUUAUGGGAGGAAGAUGAAGGGAGUUGUGUCGUGGGACCGUUCGAAGGAGGAGCAGGUAGAGAAGGAGGUCUCGGUCAAACAGCCCGCCACUGAACCAACCCGCAUCAAGAUCUUCGAAGGCGGGUAUAAAUCCAAUGAGGACUAUGUUUACGUUCGCGGCCGCGGCCGGGGGAAAUACAUCUGCGAAGAGUGCGGCAUCCGCUGUAAGAAACCCAGCAUGCUGAAGAAACACAUCCGAACGCACACCGACGUCCGGCCGUACGUCUGCAAGUUCUGCAACUUCGCUUUCAAGACGAAAGGAAACCUGACGAAGCACAUGAAGUCUAAGGCUCAUAUGAAAAAGUGUCUGGAGUUAGGAGUCUCCAUGUCUUCUGUUGAGGACAACGAGGCGGAGGAAGGAGACGUCGGAGAGGAAGGCCCGAGGUCUGACAAGAUGUCCCGCGGCGUCAUGGCGGAGCACCAGUUCUCGGACGCCGACGACUCGGACGGUGCCGAUGACGACGGCGACGAGGUGGACGACGAGGACGAUGACGAGGACGACUACGACGGUGACUCCACGCCGAAGACCCGCUCGCGCUCCGCCAGCCCGCAGCCGUACGGCCUGCCCGCCGCGUCCAUCGCCGUGGCCGUGGCGUCCUCCCAUCCCGCGCCACACCUCGCUCAUCGCCCCUCGCCAUCGGACCUCCACAAGCCCCCGCUGUUUGGCUACUUCACCACCGUGCCGAGCAUCCAGAUCACGCCGCAGGAGGAGUACCAGCGAGGCCUGGGCAGCCGACUGCUGGCUCCGCCCCCCUCCUCCUCCUCCUCCAUGGAUGAAGACCUCCCAGACCUCCCCUCGCCCUCCUCCCACCUCUCCUCACCCGGGCCCGAUCGCUCCGGCUGCCCGUCCCCGAUCUCCCCUUCCUCGUCACCCUCAGCGCGUCGAUACUUCUCCCCGCGCCGGGACCUCUCGCCCCGCGCCGGACACCUCUCCCCCCGGCGGGACAUCUCUCCCCUGCGUCGCGUCUCCCCCAAGAGGGACCUGGGGGCAGGGGGCGCUUACAGGCGAGACCUCUCCCCCCGCAGGGGACACCUCUCGCUGCUCUCGCCCCUCUCUCGGCCCACGUCUCCGGCGGGAAGAGACUACAAGCGGGACAUGUCGCCGCGCGGCCGCCACAGGGCCAUGAUCCGGCCCGUUUCUCCUCGCCGGGGGCUCCACCAACACCUCCACCACCAGAGCCAGCAGAGUGGAUCGCGGGGUCUCAGGCCGGCUCACCAGGCCGGGGUGCUGGGUCCGGCAGAGCUGGGACUUCGCAGAACCAGCGCAGAGAUGGAGAUGGAACAUGGUCUGGGCUCGCCAUCGCCAGGGCAACGGGAGUCCAGUCCACCUCACCAGGUUCUGUUCAGUCACCUUCCUCUCCACUCUCAACUCCAGGUGCGUUCGCCGUUCCCGAUGAUCCCCAUCGGAGGGAUCCAGAUGGUACACUCCGUCCCCGUGUCCGUCACCUCCGCUCUGGGCCAGCAGGGGCCUCUGCAGGUCGCCUCCCGCCUGCUGCCGCCGCCGAAGAGCGCCUCGGAGGACUCCGCCGCCAGCGAGAGGGGAUCUCCUCCAAAGGGUCCCGGGAUUCAGCACUUUAGCGGCGGCCUGCAGCUCAGGCCUCCCCAGCCAUCGUCAAUCCCCGCCACCUCCCCUCACUCCUCCUCCUCCUCCUCUCCUCACCCUCCCAGCCCCGGCUCCGAAACCCUCCAGCCUCCCGUGGCGUCCACGUCUCUCCAGCCAGAGAGAGACCGGGAGGCCGGAAGCACAAAAAGAAGCAAAGAGGUGUCGUAG